AUGUCACUGCCAGUCUGCUCGCUUUCCUGUGAGCGGGGUUGCCAGUCUGCUCUCCCUCCUAACAGCGGGUGCCAGUCUGCUCGUCAGCCUGUCAGGGGGGCCAGUCUGCGCGCCUUGCUGUUACAGAGUGCCGGUCUGCUCGCCUGCCUAUCAGCGCGUGCCAGUCUGCUCGUUUGCCUAUCAGCGGAUGCCAGUCUGCGCGCCUUCCUGUUAGUGAGUGUCAGUCUGCUCGCCUGCCUAUCAGCGUGUGCCAGUCUGCUCACACUCCUGUCAGCGGGUUCCAGUCUGCUCGCCAUCCUGUCGGCGCGUGCCAGUCUGCUCGCCUUCCUGUCGGCGGGUGCCAGUCUGCUCGCCCUUUUGUCGGCGGGUGCCAGUCUGCUCGCCUGCCUAUCAGCGUGUGCCAGUCUGUUCGCCCUCCUGUCAGCGGGCGCCAGUCUACUCGCCCUCCUGUCGGCGCGUGCCAGUCUGCUCACCUGCCUGUCAGAGGGUGACAGUCUGCUCGCCAUCCUGUUGGCGCGUGCCAGUCUGCUCGCCUUCCGGUCGGCGGGUGCCAGUCUGCUCGCCUUCCGGUCGGCGGGUGCCAGUCUGCUCGCCUUCCUGUCGGCGCGUGCCAGUCUGCUCGUCUGCCUGUCAGCGGGUGCCAGUCUGCUCGCCUGCCUGUCAGCGGGUGCCAGUCUGCCCACCCUCCUGUUAGCGGGUGCGAGUCUGCUCGACUUCCUGACAGCGGGUGCCACACUACCGGACCAUCCUGCCAGCGAGUGGAGGUCUGCUGACCUUCCUCUCAGCGGAUACCAGUCUGCUCGCCUUCCUGUCAGCGGCGGGUGCCGGUCUGCUCGCCUUCCUGUCAGCGGACGCCAGUCUGCUCGCCUGCCUGACAGCGGGGGUGCCAGUCUGCUCUCCCACCUGACAGCGGGUGCCAGUCUGCUCGCCUGCCUGACAGCGGGUGCCAGUCUGCUCGCGUGCCUGUCAGCGGGUGCCAUCUGCCGGGCCUUCCUGUCAGCGGGUGGCGGUCUGCUCGCCUGCCUGUCAGUGGGGAUCCCAGUCUGCUCGCCUUCCUGUCAGCGGGUAUGCCAGUCUGCUCUCCCUCCUGACAGCGGGUGCCAAUCUGCCCGCCCUCCUGAUAGCGGGUGCCAAUCUGCCCGCCCUCCUGUUAGCGGGUGCGAGUCUGCUCGCCUUUCUGACAGCGGGUGCCACUCUGCCGGGCCUUCCUGUCAGCGACUGGUGGUCUGCUGGCCUUCCUGCCAACGGGCGCAAGUCUGCUCGCCUGCCUGACAGCUGAAUGCCAGUUUGCUCGCCUGCCUGUCUGCGGGUGCCACUCUGCCGGGUCUUCCUGUCAGCGGGGACGCCAGUCUGCCGACCUACCUGACAGCGGGUGCCAGUCUGCUAGUCUGCCUGUCAGCGUGUUCCAGUCUGCUUGCCUUCCUGUUAGCGGGUGCCGGUUUGCUCGCCUCCCUAUGAGCGGGUGCCAGUCUGCUCGCCUUCCUGUCAGCGAGUGGUGGUCUGCUGGCCUUCCAGUCAGCGGGCGCUAGACCGCUCGCCUGCCUGACAGCGGGGGUCCCAGUCUGCUCGCCUUCCUGUCAGCGGGUGCCAGUCUGCCCACCUUCCUGCCGGCCUGCCUGACAGCGGGGGUGCCAGUUUACUCGCCUGCCUGUCAGCUGGUGCCGGUCUGCUCGCCUGUCUAUCAGCGGGUGCCGGUUCGCUCGCCAGCGGGUACCAGAUAGCGAUACCUCUUUUUAAUUUUAAUAUUGAAAGUCCGAAUUCCAUGAAAAACAAUUACAAUUUGUUUUUUUUUUUUUUUUUUUUCAUGUCUUGUUUCCAUAUAGCUUUCGAGCACUGCUCUUUAGUUGACAGGUAUUCCGGAUACAAGGCAAGACAUUAUCUGCGGCUAUAGAAUGUAAACAAAGUAAUAAACUAAAGACAAGGCAUGAAAAUAAGUUAAAGAUUGAAGACUAA